UCUCCUUCUGCCUUGCUCUGAUAAGGACACUUGUGAUUUCAAUGAAGACCCAUGCAGAUAUUAAAAUGUCUGACAAUGGUGAUGACAUGUUAGCCUCUGGAGACAAAGAAGAAAUUACCAACAAGCCCAGCAGUGAUACUUUACCCAAAGAUGCAGAAGUGCACUGUGAUUCAGCUGCAAUUUCAAAUGAGCUAACGCCAGCGAAUCCCAGAAGAGAUGUGCACGAAAAUGAGGCUGUUCAGGGUGCAGAGACUGCUGACACUGGACUCGCCGAGGAGCCCAAAGACCUUGGCGCCAUGGAGCUGCCCCUCAACGGAGAAGUGACUGAGGAUGCCCUCGCUGAGUGUGUUGAUGCCGUGAGCCUCGAGGCAGAACCUGGAUCCGAAAUACCCCUGAAAGAACAGAGUGAUCCGACUGCAGAUUCCUCUCCACGUGGAGGGGGAUGGGCAGGCUGGGGCUCCUGGGGCAAAUCUCUGCUCUCGUCAGCAUCUGCCACAGUAGGUCAUGGAUUGACAGCAGUGAAGGAAAAGGCGGGGGCCACCCUCCGGAUUCAUAGUGUGAACUCUGGCUCUUCCGAAGGGGCCCAACCUCAUGAUGAAAAUGAAGUCUCUCAAAUAGCCGAUGCAGCCGCAGAUCAGAGCCCCGCAGAAAGCCCACCCACUUCCCCUUCCUCGGGGUCUCGGGGCAUGCUGUCAGCCAUUACCAAUGCGGUUCAGAACACAGGUAAAAGUGUCUUAACUGGUGGUCUUGAUGCUUUGGAAUUCAUCGGCAAGAAAACCAUGAAUGUCCUUGCAGAAAGUGACCCAGGUUUUAAGCGGACCAAGACACUCAUGGAGAGAACUGUUUCUUUAUCUCAGAUGUUACGGGAGGCCAAAGAGAAGGAGAAGCAGAGGCUGGCACAGCAGCUCACGGCCGAGAGGACCGCACACUAUGGGAUGCUGUUUGAUGAGUAUCAAGGUUUGUCACACCUGGAAGCCCUGGAAAUUCUGUCCAAUGAAAGCGAAAGCAAGGUUCAGUCAUUUUUAGCAUCACUUGAUGGAGAGAAGCUGGAGGUCUUAAAAAAUGACCUAAUUUCCAUUAAAGACAUCUUUGCAGCCAAAGUAUUCGAGAAUGAAGAGAAUCAAGAAGUGCAAGGCAUAGAAGAAAACAAAGAAGAGUUUGCUAGCAUGCUUACAGAGCUUCUCUUUGAAUUACAUGUUGCAGCCACACCUGACAAACUCAAUAAGGCCAUGAAAAAAGCUCAUGACUGGGUGGAAGAGGAUCAAACUGUGGUAUCAGUAGAUGUGGCUGAAGAGCCAGAAGACAAAACUGAGAAGGAAGAAAAGGAAGAGAAACCUGAAAACCCUGAAGAAGACAAGAAGAAAGAAAAGACAAAUAAGACAGUCGAGGAAGUGUACAUGCUGUCCAUUGAAAGCCUGGCAGAAGUAACAGCUCGCUGUAUUGAGCAGCUUCAUAAAGUAGCAGAAUUAAUUCUUCAUGGACAAGAAGAAGAAAAAUCAGCUCAGGACCAAGCAAAAGUUCUGAUAAAAUUAACUACUGCAAUGUGCAAAGAAGUGGCCUCAUUAUCAGAGAAGUUUACAACUUCUUUAACCACUGUUGGGAGCAACCAGAAGGCCGAGGUCCUUAACCCCAUGAUCAAUAGUGUAUUGUUAGAGGGCUGCAAUAGCACCACAUAUAUACAGGAUGCCUUCCAGCUGCUGCUGCCUGUCCUGCAGGUUUCACACAUCCAGACCAGUUGUUCCAAAGCACAGCCAUGA